UGCACGCAGAGAAGAAGACAGCUUGGACUUGAGCCUAGAAUAGACGAGCAGAUUCAUCAGCCUUGCUGUGAUCAUCUCCUUUUCCCACGAUUUCCUCCUAGCAACGAAGAUAACAUCAGUAGCAGCAACCAAGGAGGAGGACGAGGCUUGGCACUAACGUAACCUACCAGUAUCUUAUCGUCGUCCAACGCCCAAGAGCCGAGCUUGGCUGUCCGCUGCUGCAACGCACACGCAUUCGGCACUUUUGUACGCUGCCUGUUCGUCUGCGCAUUGCGAGCCAACAUCAGUCAGCCUUCUCCUUCCGCGCCUUCAGCUUUGAUACACCCUCGAUCGAUUCCCUCGUCGAUGAACGACCGGUUCGAUAACGACGCACCAUGAGGGCUUGGAGAGCUUUGCAGGCCACGGCCUUGCUGGCCUCAGCCUUAUGGGCGACACCCCUCGCUGCUGCGAAGGAUCGCCCAACCUUCCACUCCAAAGAGUUCGAAAAUAUACCCAUGAAUAUCAACUACUUUGCCGACUCGGAUGUAGUGCUGUUCCAGGAUAUCGAUGAUGGCAAUGUCUAUCUCUCCAACGACGCCGGCGCAAAGUGGGAGCGCGUGGACGCUGUGCCGGAAGGCAAGGCCGUGCUCCUGACCAUGCACGAGUUCGAUUCGAAGCGCGCCUAUAUCCUUACAGAGGGCUCCAAGCAUUACCGAACGACGGAUCGCGGCAAGAAUUGGGAAAAGUUUGACUCGGGCGUCGACCUGAGCAUCUUUCGACCCGACAUGCUGGCUUUCCACGCUGACGACCCUGAUCGUAUAAUUUUCAAUGGCAUGAGAUGCCAUGGCUUUCAGUGCCAGGAGGUUACAACUUAUACCACCGAUGGAUUCAAGACCAAGGGAAAGGCCUUGCGGGACGAUACGGAUGGCUGCUGGUGGGCCAAGGGCUCAGAACUAUUCACGACAGGGGAAGAUGACCUCGAUAAAGACCGUGUUAUUUGCAUCGUCAGGGACAAAGUCUCGCCUUUGAAGCAGGACCAGCGCCUCAAGAUCUCGGACAACUUCUUCAAAGGGACCGAGGAAGCCAAGAAUAUUCAAGAGUUCGAACCGAACUUGGAUACUGACAAGGCUAUCCAGGGUGUUGUGAGCAUUGCGAUCGUGAAGAAGUGGAUCUUGGUCGCAACUACCUCGCUCAACACUGACGAGAUGGCGCUUUUUGUCACUGAUGACACCAAGAAAUGGAGCCGUGCUGCCUUCCCCGCGGCCCACGACAGCCACGACCACCGUCUUGCGCAAAACGCAUACACCGUGUUGGAGAGCACCAAUUACAGCAUUCAGGUUGAUGUACGGACAUCGAACCAGGGUAAUCCGAUGGGUGUCAUGUACAGCAGCAACUCCAAGGGUAACCACUUCACUGAAAACGCCGAGCAUACCAACCGCAACAAGCAUGGCCAUGUCGACUUUGAAAAGAUCGCUGGCAUUCAGGGCGUCUAUCUCGUCAACAAAGUCAAAAACUGGGAAGAGGUUGAAAAGAAGGCCGGCGCUGACAAGGAGAUCUACUCGGAAAUCACUUUCGAUGAUGGGCGCACAUUUGAGAAGAUCACGGCUGAUGGUAAGCGCAUUCAUCUCCACUCUGUAACGGAUCUUAGCAACAUCGGCCGCGUCUUCUCCAGCGCUGCCCCUGGCAUUGUCAUGGGUGUUGGCAACACUGGCGACGAGCUGAAGAGCUACUGGGAUAAGGGCAACCUGUACGUCUCGGACGACGCCGGCAAAACAUGGACCAAGGCUUUGGACGGGCCUCACAAAUACGAGUUCGGUGACCAGGGUUCUAUCUUGGUUGCUGUCAAGGACUCCAAGGAAGAGGACAUCUCUGAGAUCAGCUACUCUUUGGACCACGGCCAAAAAUGGAAAACUGAAUCUCUCCCGGAUGAUCUUAAGAUCAGACCGUACAUCCUUACCACCUCUCAGGAUUCAACCAGCUUGAAAUUCCUCCUCAUUGGCAAGACGAAGAAGUCUCCGGAAUGGCGCAUUAUUUCUAUCGACUUUGAGGGCCUUCACGAGGAUACCUGCAAGGAGGAUGACAUGGAGGUGUGGUCUGCUCGUGUCGAUAAGGACGGCAAGCCGACCUGCCUGAUGGGUCACACUCAGAGCUUCCAUCGCCGCAAGAAGGAUGCUAAGUGCUUCCUGAAGCAGGAGUUCAAGCAUGCUGUCGCCGAGACUAAGGACUGCGACUGCACGGAGCAAGACUAUGAGUGUGACUUCAAUUUCGAGAGGGAUGAGGAUGGCGAGUGUGUCAAGAAGGGCAAGGUACUUGCACCUGAAGGAGCCUGCAAGGACAAGAAGCCAGAUGAUACCUUCAAGGGCACCUCGGGAUACCGCAAGAUUCCUGGGAACACUUGCAAGGAUACCGACAAGAUGAAGGACAAGUACAAGGAUAAGGAGUGGAAGUGUAAGGACGCCAUAGGCGGCAAUGGUGGUCCCACUCAUGAACUCACCGGCAAGGUCGAACAGACAAAACAUGUCAUGGAAGGAAAGAAGUGGGACGGUUUUGAGAAGCACUAUCUUGAGCGUGGUGAUUCUAGCACUGGGACGGACGAGACGGUUAUCAUGCGCCCCCUUAACAAGGCUGGCCCGAUUCUGGUCUCGUUCAACCAUGGCAAAGACUGGCGAACGCCCAAAAAGUUGGAGGAUGAGGAGAUUACAGCCAUCAUUCCACAUCAGUACUUCAAGGAUGCUGUUUUCUUCCUUACCUCUGGCAAGAAGGUAUUCGUGACCAUGGAUCGCUGCAAGACGUUCCAGGCGUUUGAUGCCCCUACUAAGCCAGAUAAUGACAUGUUCCCUCUUGCUUUCCAUCCAGAUCAAAAAGAUUGGCUGAUCUGGAUGGGCAAGAAGUGUGAUGAUGGCGAGUGCUACGGUGUUGCACAUGUCACUGAGGAUCCCUUCGACUACUGGCGGACAAUUGGAAAACAGGUUCGCCGUUGUGAGUUCACCGGGUCUUCUGCCUACAAGUUCGAGGGCCGCAAGGAGAACCAGAUUCUUUGUCUCAAGCAUGAAAAGGAAGAUAAGGCCAAGCCUUGGGUGCUUGCGUCAUCGAACGACUGGUUUAAGAACGAAGAGGUCUACGGCAAAAACGUGAAGGAUUUUGCGACCAUGGCCGAGUUCAUCGUCGUGGCUGCCGAAGAUGCCGAGAAGAAGACAUUGCAAGCCAGCGCCAGUCUGGACGGCAAGAACUACGCCAACGCCCAUUUCCCCCAUGGCUUUGAGGUUACCCACCAGCAUGCCUAUACCGUUCUCGACAGUUCUACACAUGCCGUCAACCUGUUUGUUGCCACCAGCAUGGAGGAAGGCCGGCAAUACGGCACCAUCAUCAAGAGCAACUCUAACGGCACAUCCUACGUCGUUAGCGUUCGCAAUGUCAACUGUGACGAGUCAUACUACGUUGACUUUGAAAAGAUGCUCGGUCUGGAAGGCGUUGCGGUUGUCAACGUAGUCGCUAAUUCAGACGACAAGAAGGGGACCAAGAAGCUCCAAACACAAAUUACGCACAACGACGGUGCCCAGUGGGCAUAUCUUCCCGCUCCCGUGGGAGACAACCUGGAGCCCAAGCUCCCCUGCCACGAUAAGCAAGGCAGCAAGGACUGCGCCCUCCACAUCCACGGGUACACCGAGCGCCGCGACCAUGGCAAGACUCACUCCUCCCAAGGCGCCGUCGGAAUCAUGUUCGGCUGGGGUAACACGGGCGACUCCCUCGGCCCCCUCAAAGAAGCAGACACCUACAUGACCACCGACGCGGGCAAAACCUGGAAGCGCGCCAUGAAGGGCACCUGGACGUGGGCCAUUGGCGACCAAGGCGGGAUUCUCAUCCUCGCACAGACUACCGCCUCCGCCUCGAGGAAACAGUCAAACAAGCUCUUCUACUCCUUCGACCGAGGCAACACUUGGAAGGAGCACGAGUUCUCCGAAAAGGAGGUCGAACUAUGGGACGUCACCACCGUCCGCUCAGGCGGCUCUCACUCCUUCCUCCUCUGGGGCAAGGACGAAGACGACAAAGCCUUCACCAUGAAGCUCAACUUCAAGGGUUUCGCCAACAAGGACUGCCAAUUCGACAAGGACCACCCCGAGAACGGGGACUACGAGCUCUGGUCACCAGAACACCCGGCGCAAAAGGACGGGUGCUUGUUUGGGCACAAGAGCAAGUAUCUAAGGAAGAAGAUUGCAAAGGACGGGGAUGUGCAAUGCUGGAACACGAUGAAGAUGUCACCCUUGUACGGAAAAGAGGAUUGCGAAUGCCAAAGGGAGGAUUUCGAAUGUGAUUACAACUUUGAAAUGGACCCCUUCGGCCAGUGCUCACUCGUCAACGGGCUCUCUCCCAUGACAAGAGAGCAGUGGUGCUCUGAACACCCCGACGCGAUCGAAUUCUUCCCACCGUCGGGGUACAGACGGAUCCCCCUCACGACGUGCAAGGGCGGCAAGACGAUGGACGAGCAGUCGGAGCCGGUGGCUUGCCCUCAAAAGGAGGAUGAGUACGAAAAGAAGCACCGCCGCUCGGGGUGGAGCAUCUUCUUUGCCGUUGUCAUCCCUGUCGUGAUUGCUGCCGGGGCGGGGUGGUAUGUCUGGAGGAACUGGAACGGCAAGUUUGGGCAGAUCAGGCUGGGGGAGAACGGGACUAGCACCCAUGUUUUUGAUGAGGGGCAGCCGUGGGUAAAGUACCCGAUUAUUGCCAUUAGCGGGGUCGUUGCCGUUGUGGUGGCCAUUCCGGUGGUGGCGGGCGCGGUUUGGAGGGUUGUCAAAGGGGGGAUGGAGAGGGUUGGGUUGCUUGGUGGUGCGGGAGGGGGAUCGAGAGGGAGGUGGAGCAGACUUGGUGGUGGUGGUGGUGGUUGGGGGAGCAGGAGGUUUACCACACGGGAUAGUUUUGCGAGGGGAGCGGGGGGUUAUGAUAUUGUGGAUGGGGAUGAUGAGGGGGAGUUGCUUGGGGAUGAGGAGAGUGAUGAGGAGCAGGUUUAG